AUGCAUCCCUCUCGUACCUCAACCGAAACGACGUCGUUAAAUCCGUCACUCUCUCCAGCCUCUGCAAGGGAAAGAGAGUCGUUUUUGGUGGGCGUAACGGCGCCGUUCUCGCCGGGUUGCACUCGGUUCGUCAAACGACUUAAAUCGGCGAGGGAGAAAACUGCGGAGGUGAUCGCCUGCUUCGCGGUCAGCGACGUUUUCGUGAUGCGCGCCUGGGGAGAGAUCCUGGCCGUUGGUGAGAGAGUGAUGAUGUUGUGCGACGGUCUAGGAGAGCUGACCAGGGCACUUGGCGUCUCUCUCAACGGAGCCGUUAAAGCUUGUCUCGGCUUAGGUGUGCGGUCCAGGAGGUUUUGCCUGGCUUCUUUCAACGGGGUGAUCACAAACGUUGACUUUGACGAAGAAUCUGAUUUCUUCCCAGUAAUUGUUCAUUGA